UCUCACACAGUUCAUGUCUCUCACAUAUCACACACACACACACUUCUUCUGUUUAGUCAUUGUUCACAAUAAAAACAAAUCAGCAAAAACCACCCAGUCUCUCCCAUCUCUCCCAUCUCUCCCUAUAUCUCUCUCUCUUGAUGCCAAACAAUGUCAUCUGAACCACCAAACACAUUCCACCGCCACCACCAGCAGCCACCGCAACGCCACCACCUGCCUCCACUCCUCCACGGCGCCAACAUCAACAUAACCACCUCCUCCGCCACCAACACUCCCACCUCUCCUCCUGUCAUCUACCGAGACUACCGCAAAGGCAAUUGGACUCUGGAAGAAACACUGGUCCUCAUCACCGCCAAGAGACUCGACGACCAGCGCCGCUCCAAGCCCAACAAUGUGGACCCCACCACGCCGCGCCACACCGGAGAGCUGCGGUGGAAAUGGGUGGAGAAUUUCUGCUGGAACAAUGGGUGCCUCCGGAGCCAAAACCAGUGCAAUGAUAAAUGGGAUAAUUUACUACGAGACUAUAAAAAGGUACGCGAAUACGAAACGAAAAGUUCGCAAUCAAAUCUCCCUUCCUAUUGGGCUAUGGAUAAACAACAACGAAAAGAUCAUAAUUUACCAUCGAAUUUAACUCACCAAAUUUAUCAACAACUUCAAGAAGUCGUACAAAAAAAGAGCCCACUUAAAAUCCUACCACCUCCCACCCCACAACCACCCAUGCAUCAUCAACAACCACCGCCACCUCCUCAGCCGUCCACGGUGGCUCCGGCACCGGUUGUCUCAGAAGCCUCGGUGUCGUCAGAGACGGAGUGGGGGAGUCAUCUUGAUCCGGAUACAAAACGCAAGAGAGUUCGAGACAUAGGAUCAAGCAUUGUUCACGGAGCUUCAUCGUUGGCACGAGCCCUAAAACGGUCAGAGGAAAAGAAGGAGAAGCGACACCGUGAGCUUAUGGAGCUUGAGGAGCAGAGGAUUCGUCUCGACGAAGCUCAGAAUGAGGCGCAGAGAGAAGGUGUGGCUAGUCUUGUUGCUGCAGUAAAUAAUCUUUCGGGUGCUAUUCAGUCUCUAGCUGCGGACCAGCGGCCAGGAUCCUGAUCAUCAAGCCCUACUUAAUUACCUACGGAUUAACAACUGAAUGCAGCUUAAAAUAACAAGUGAAUAAAUAAUUUAUUAUUUGAAUUAAUUAUAAUAUUAUAACUUUGUGAAGGAUUCUAGGGUUUAUUAAGAGUAACAACUGUUAUUAAUGACGACGAAAUUGUGUUUGAUGUUAAAUAUGUGACGCAGGAAACCCUAGUUAAUUACAUCUACAUUGCUACAUAUAUGUGUCUCAUAUAUGCACAUAAUGGAAUUGUGGAAAAGACUGCAUGAUGUGAACGCGGGGUUUGUUCGUUUGAUAUAAAUAAAGAACUUAUUAU